AAUCGCUAUCGGCAGUCAUAGCAGGUCGAGAAACCAUUAUAAAAUAGCAAAAAUUAAAGUGAAACGACGCGAAAAACAAAAUUGCAAUAUAAAUAGUUUAAAUUAAUGUCAAACGACGCGCAAACGGAAAUAUAAAACGGUGUAAUUUGUAAAUAAUAACAGCUAUACGAGAACAUAUCCUGCACAGCAUAAAAUCGCAGCUUCAGGAAAAAGAGCCAUAAAAAUCGAUUCUCCAACGAAGUCACAGUCAUACAGGCCAAAAGGGAGACUUUUCGCGCGGGCGUCGGUGGAGCGCCCAGUGCUUGAUUUUUUUUUUGCCUGCUUCCUUGCCAAAAGUCCAGCCAAGAGAGAAAUUUAAAGUUCAUGUGUGUGCUAAUAUUUUUGGUUCUGACUGUCUGCUUGUGUGUGUGUGCGAUCUUCAUUUUUAUUUUCAAAAACCAGAUAAUUGCACAUAAUCAAUAAACAUAAUUAGGCAACAACAAUAGUAAUUUUAGGCAAAUAUUUAAGCGUGUGCCCAAAUAAAAACAAGUGCAAAUACAUAUAAAAUUCCAGCACAGUAACACAAACAACAACAAAAAUUACCAGUGUGUACACAUGUGCAUAUGUAUAUGUGUGUGUGCGGGUGUGCGUAAUAAAUAGCGCAAGUCAAGAAUGAAAUGGAAAUACAGCCCCCCGCUUGCACUCCGCCCCACAUGACGUACCAGCUACAGCUACUGUUAGGCGUGUGCGUGGCGCUAAUUGAAACGCUCACUAUUCAAGCUUGAGCUAGCGCCCAUCCUCCCCCUCGCAUUGUGAGUCACCUGCCACCAAAAAAAAAAAAAAAAACCAAAAUAAAAAUUGCGUGCCACACACAUAAUUCUCGGCGGGCUCAAAAACAAAAACAAGAACAACAACAAGAAAACAACAACCGUCCCAGUCAUAUCCCUUUUUGGUGGGUGCAUGAUUCAGACGCUCUCACACCCACUCAAACCGCACGCAUAGGCGUCCAUUGAAUCAAAAGUGAGAGUAUCUCCAAGGCCUGCACGAUGUCAAGUGAUAAGAUCAAAGUUGCUGUGCGGGUGCGACCCUUCAAUCGACGCGAAAUUGAAUUGGGUACAAAAUGCAUCGUCGAAAUGGAAAAACAGCAAACGAUAUUGCAAAAUCCCCCAACAUUGGAAAAAAUGGAAAGAAAACAACCAAAGACAUUUGCAUUCGAUCAUUGCUUUUACUCGCUCAAUCCCGAAGAUGACAGCUUUGCGUCACAGGAGACGGUCUUCGAUUGCGUGGGACGUGAUAUACUGGAUAAUGCAUUUCAAGGCUAUAAUGCAUGCAUAUUCGCCUACGGCCAGACGGGUUCUGGCAAAUCGUACACAAUGAUGGGCUCACAGGAAAAUAAGGGCAUUAUACCGCGUCUCUGUGACAAGCUCUUCUUGGCAAUAGCGAACAAAUCGACACCGGAGCUCAUGUACAAAGUGGAGGUAUCCUAUAUGGAGAUCUACAAUGAGAAAGUGCACGAUCUGCUCGAUCCGAAACCAAACAAGCAUUCGCUUAAGGUGCGCGAACAUAAUGUACUCGGCCCCUAUGUCGAUGGCCUGUCGCAGCUCGCAGUCGCAUCGUAUCAGGAUAUAGACAACCUCAUGACCGAGGGCAACAAAUCGCGCACUGUUGCUGCAACUAAUAUGAAUGCAGAAUCGUCGCGUUCCCAUGCCGUCUUCUCGGUUGUGCUAACACAGAUACUCACAGAUCAAGCAACUGGCGUCAGUGGAGAGAAAGUCUCACGCAUGUCCCUUGUCGAUUUGGCUGGUUCCGAGCGUGCGGUCAAAACGGGCGCUGUUGGUGAUCGCCUCAAAGAGGGCUCCAAUAUUAACAAAUCCUUAACUACACUGGGCCUGGUCAUAUCCAAGUUGGCCGAUCAAUCGAAUGGCAAAAAAGGUGGCAAUGAAAAGUUUGUGCCCUAUCGAGAUUCCGUGCUGACCUGGCUGCUAAAAGACAACCUGGGUGGCAAUUCAAGAACUGUCAUGGUGGCCACCAUAUCACCCUCGGCGGACAACUACGAGGAGACGCUCUCUACGCUACGCUAUGCAGAUCGUGCCAAGCGCAUCGUCAAUCAUGCCGUGGUCAAUGAAGAUCCCAAUGCGCGCAUAAUACGCGAACUGCGUCAUGAGGUGGAGACAUUGCGUAGCAUGCUAAAGCAUGCCACAGGCUCGCCAGUGGGUGAUGUACAAGACAAGCUGGCCGAGAGCGAGAAUCUAAUGAAGCAAAUCUCGCAAACCUGGGAGGAGAAACUGGUCAAAACAGAGCGCAUACAAAACGAGCGACAACAGGCUCUGGAGCAAAUGGGCAUCAGUGUCCAGGCCAGUGGCAUUAAGGUCGAGAAAAACAAGUACUACCUGGUCAAUUUAAACGCAGAUCCGUCCCUCAAUGAGCUAUUGGUUUAUUACCUGAAGGAACGCACGCUGAUUGGCGGCCGCAGCAUAAGUGGUCAGCAGCCGGAUAUUCAGCUAUCUGGCUUGGGCAUACAGCCGGAGCAUUGUGUGAUUACUAUUGAGGAUACCGGACUGUUUAUGGAGCCCGUGCAGGGCGCUCGCUGCUUUGUCAAUGGCUCCGCAGUGUUAGAGAAAACGCCGCUGCAGAACGGCGAUCGUAUUCUCUGGGGCAACCAUCACUUUUUCCGCGUCAACUCGCCGAGAAUAGGAAAUAAUGCCACCUUGUGCGCAUCGGAGCCUCAAACACCUGCACAGCUGAUCGAUUACAAUUUUGCGCGCGAUGAGAUUAUGCAGAAUGAGCUAAGCAAUGAUCCCAUACAGACAGCAAUUGCACGCUUGGAGCGUCAACAUGAAGAAGACAAGCAGGUGGCGCUCGAGAAGCAGCGACAAGAAUACGAGCGUCAGUUCCAACAGUUACGUAAUAUACUCUCGCCCAGUACACCCUAUGCACCGUAUGCGCCCUACGACCCGCUGCGCAUGGGCAAAGUAACGCCCAAUACGCCCACCUCGCAGAUGCGCGUAGAGAAGUGGGCACAGGAACGCGAUGAAAUGUUCAGGCGUUCGCUGGGUCAGCUUAAGACAGACAUUAUGCGUGCAAAUUCCUUAGUGCAGGAGGCCAACUUUCUGGCCGAGGAAAUGGAGAAGAAGACCAAAUUCUCGGUAACACUACAAAUACCGCCAGCUAAUUUGAGUCCGAAUCGACGGCGUGGGGCCUUUGUUAGCGAGCCCGCAAUUCUGGUAAAGCGCACAAAUUCCGGCAGCCAAAUCUGGAGCAUGGAGAAGCUGGAGAACAAACUGAUUGAUAUGCGUGAGAUGUACCAGGAGCACAAGGAGCGCAUACUCAACGGACUGCCCCUUAUUGAGACAUUCUCAGAUGAUGAAUUUGACGACAAGGACGAGGAUAAUGGCAAGCCACAGGAUCCGUUCUAUGAGUCACAGGAGAAUCACAAUCUAAUUGGCGUUGCGAAUGUAUUUCUCGAGGUGCUGUUCCACGAUGUCAAACUGGACUAUCAUACGCCCAUCAUAAGUCAGCAAGGCGAAGUAGCCGGUCGCUUGCAGGUGGAGAUUCAACGCGUGGCUGGCCAAAUGCCGCAAGAUCGCAUGUGCGAAUCGGUGUCGGAGACCUCGUCGGCGGAUUCGCGCGAUGAGUAUGAUGACCCUGUGGAUCCCAUGGCCAAUCAGAUCACUUGCCGCGUCACCAUCAAAUGCGCCUCGGGACUGCCACUGUCGCUGUCCAAUUUCGUCUUUUGCCAAUACACAUUCUGGGGCCACCAGGAGAUGGUGGUGCCGGUCAUCAAUGCCGAAUCUACGGCCCUUGAUCAGAAUAUGGUAUUCAAAUUUGAGCACACUCAAGAUUUUACGGUCACCAUUAACGAGGAGUUCCUGGAGCAUUGCAUCGAGGGCGCGCUUUCCAUUGAGGUGUGGGGUCAUCGCAGCGCUGGCUUCUCCAAGUCCAAGGGCUGGGAAGUGGAGCAGCAGCAGGCCAAGGCGCGCUCCCUGGUCGAUCGCUGGGCGGAGCUGUCGCGUAAAAUCGAACUGUGGGUGGAGAUACACGAGCUCAACGACAAUGGCGAGUACUCGCCCGUCGAGGUUACCAACCGCAAUGAGGUGCUCACUGGCGGCAUCUACCAGCUGCGCCAAGGCCAGCAGCGUCGCGUCAAUGUGCGCGUCAAGCCGGUACAGAACUCUGGAACCUUGCCCAUCAUCUGCCAGUCGAUAGUCAAUGUGGCCAUUGGCAGCGUGACGGUGCGCUCACGAUUGCAGCGACCGCUUGACUCCUAUCAGGAGGAGGAUCUCACUGUGCUGCGCGAAAAGUGGAGCGAGGCGCUGGGUCGCCGGCGACAAUACUUGGACCAGCAGAUACAGAUGCUUAUUAAAAAGGAGGAGAAGAACGAACAGGAACGCGAACGUGAGCUCAGUCUGGUGCAUCAGUGGGUCUCGCUGACCGAGGAGCGCAAUGCGGUGCUGGUGCCGGCACCGGGCUCGGGCAUACCGGGCGCACCCGCCUCCUGGGACCCGCCUGCAGGCAUGGAGCCGCAUGUACCGGUGUUGUUUCUCAAUCUUAACGGCGAUGAUCUCUCCGCGCAAAAUACUAACGAUGAGCUGUCCAUAUCGGGCAUCAACUCCAUUCUCUCCAAGGAGCAUGGCCACAGAUUUUACACGUUGCAAAUCUUGCAGCAUCUUGACAAGGAUGUGUGCUGCGUGGCCAGCUGGGACUCAUCCAUGCAUGACAGUCAGGCGCUCAAUCGUGUAACCGAAGCGAAUGAACGCAUCUAUCUUAUACUGCGCACCACAGUGCGCCUAUCGCAUCCAGCACCCAUGGAUCUGGUGCUGCGCAAGCGGCUCAGCAUCAACAUCAAAAAGGGUCAAACACUAACCGAUCGGCUGAAGAAGUUCCGCUUGGUGCGCGGCGAAAAUGCCAUUUGGCAGAGUGGCGUUACCUACGAGGUGGUCUCCAAUAUACCCAAGGCCUCGGAGGAGCUAGAAGAUCGCGAAUCGCUGGCCCAGCUGGCAGCCAGUGGUGAUGACUGCUCGGCCUGCGAUGGCGAGACCUACAUAGAGAAAUACACGCGUGGUGUCUCAGCUGUGGAGAGCAUAUUAAUACUGGACCGUUUGCGUCAGAAUGUGGCCGUUAAGGAGCUGGAGACGGCGCACGGACAGCCACUCUCAAUGCGCAAGACCGUCAGUGUGCCGAACUUCUCGCAGACGGUCAAAGAAACCACCAACACCGGGAGUAUCAUGCGCUUCGAUGCCUCCAUGGAGUCGCUGCUCAAUGUGGGUCGCUCCGAGUCCUUUGCGGAUCUCAAUAACACGGCGCUCGGCAAUAAAUUUACGCCAGCACACAGCGGCGCCGGAGCAGGCGGUGGCAAUGGUGGUGUUAUACGCAAUCGACAUAGCUUUGGCGGCAAGGGCAGCAGCGAUGACUCUCCAGGGAAAGCUUUUGGCAUUGGCUCUAUACUGUCAGCGCGUCCAACAUUUUUGAAUCUCAAUUUGAACUUGAACACAUUGAGAAUUGCGCCAACAAAACCUUCGCCGGCAACGAGCAAGCUGCUGGGCAUGCGCAUGACCACGCUGCAUGAGGAGCCUUUGGGCGGGCACCGUUCGCUGGACGAGGAGCCCGAGGAUAGUUACAGCGAUUCGGAGUAUGCCGCCGAGUAUGAGCAGGAGCGGCAGCAAAAUAAAAACCUCGCGACACGCUCCCGUCUGACCGCCUCCAAGACCAUGGACUCGUUCAUGGAUGUCAGCAGUCAUUCGAAUCAAAGCUAUCUGAGCUACACAUCCAGCGCCAAUACAAACAUGAAGCAUCUAACUGGAUUGGCCACGCUCAGCAUGAGCUCGUCUACCAGCAGCGGCUACGGCUCCCAAGCCGUGUCCUGCAAUAACCUAAGCAAUGAGGACAUUACCUCCAUGCGUUCCAUGAGCAUUGAUGAGACGCCAGAUUUCGAUCGUAUAAAUUCCCAUUCGCCGCCAAAAAGCCAGACUCGCGUCAAUCCCUUCCUGAAGGACAUGCCAAAAGCCAAAACGCAGGAUGCUGAGGCAAAGAAGCUGCAACAGACCCUAACACAUCCGUUAGAACAGCCCAAGGAAAAUGCACAAAGCGAUGAGGAAUGUGAACAGCAGCAGAGCAAUAACAAUGAGAGCGUCAAGUUGCCAGUGCCAGAAAUGCCACAGGAGCAGCAGCAGCAGCGGGAGGUGGUGCAGCAGGAGCAACAGCCAGAUGCACCUGAACUUGUGCAGGCCACAGACAAUCAGAAUGGCAAUAAAAUGCUAGAGCAUGCCGCAGACACUAGCGAAACAGUCGAGUCGGUUGAACAGCAACUUGAAGGCAAUGGCAUUGUUAAAGAGCAGCUGCCUCCGGGCAAAGUAAUGCGGCGCAAAAAGUCCGCAACGCAGCCAACGAACAAUGGCGACAGCAGCAACAACAACAAUAACAAUAGCAGCAGCAACAGCAAUAAUACGAGCCAAGUGACACGGAACAACCAACGCGCCUCGGUGGCCAAAAUGGAGGGUUUGGGCGCCUAUUUAGAUGUCAAUGCCAGUAUCAUGUCCAGCAGCACAGAGGUGGAAGAUGAUGGCAAGGAUCUGGACGUGACGCUGCCCGAGUGGAUUGUGGUGGGUGAAUCGGUGCUUAUACGUCCGUAUAACACCAGCGGCGUUAUUAGCUUUGUGGGCACCACACAUUUUCAGCCAGGCGCCUGGAUUGGCGUGGCGCUGGACACGCCGACGGGCAAGAACGAUGGCACCGUACAGGGCAUACAGUACUUCCAGUGCAAGCCCAAGCACGGCAUCUUUGUGCGCGCCGAUAAACUGCUCCUGGACAAGCGCGGCAAGGCGAUGCGCGCCUACAAGGCGACCGAGAAGAGCAACAGCAUCAACAAAGAGAUGAGCAGCUCGAUGACUCGCUCGAAGAGCCGUGGCGAAUCGCUGAACGUGUCGGCGCGCAAAUGAUUGUACCCAAAAUGUUCGCAUCAGCUGCAGCGUUCGACUAAUUGCAGGCAGUCGACGCUGGUUAGCAGUCGAGUUGGUGCAACUGCAGCAGCAACUGCGACUCCAACAACCUGCCACAGAUUGCGUGCAACCAGCAACGCUGCGGAUGCGAACAGUCAUGGCAAGAAGUGUUAUGCCAAUCGACGCUCGACGGCCUUCUAAGGUCGCCAACGAUGCACAUCGUCCAGCAACGAACAAUGCGGAGCAUUAACCAAUUACACGCUAGCUUAACUUACUCUCUAUCGCACCGCAUGCCGCAAUUACACACACACACACACGCAGACACACACACAGCCACACACACACCUAAUCCAACGCUUUGAUAUGUAUUUGUAAGGCGGUGUCUACAGCAGAACUAGCAACUAGCAAUUAAUUAACCAAGUGGGCUCCCCCUCUCUCUGCCAGCUGCACCCGAUCCUAAUGGAUUAACUAAGCAAAGCGUUUGCGUAGUUGCAUUAACCAAGUGCAAUACCACGGAACACUUUGAUACCCUUAGUCUAUAUGGUAGUUUAUAAUUAUGAUCGUUUAAAUGUGUAUGUGUGUAUGUUUCCUAAUGGUUUUUUUCCGAUUAAAUUGGUUGAGUUCUUUGUAGUUAA